GACACAGACGAUCUCUCCGUGCCCGAGGUCUACUACACGCCUGAGCCCUCGCCAGGCAGGCACAGCACGGGCAGUGAGAGCUGGUCAGAGGGUGCUGAGAUGCUGGGCACCGGGGAGGCAGACGCUGCAGAUGUCCAGAUGGCAGAGGACUUGCUCCAGACCUUGGGGCCUCUGGUCCCUGAAGCUUCAAACCCCAGAAGGAUCUUCCUGGAUGCCAGCCUGCGGGAAGGGUACUGCCCCUUGCUGCCACACACCAUGCACUGCCUCCCGCUCUGGCCGGGCAUCUCCCUCGUCCUCCUGACCAAGGGCCCCACAACCCAGGUGGCCGUCACCUUGUACCAGCUGCUGGAUGGUUUCUUGGUGCUGGAGAGGAAGCUGGAAGAGGGGCCGGAGGCCGGAGCCCCACGUUCCUACCCAUUCCUGGCGGAGCUGCGGCAACGCAUGGACAAGUUUGUGAAGAAGCUAAGCGGGCAGGACAUCCAGUUGCAGAACACCUGGGUGGACUUCAAGAACAAGAUAUUUUCCCGGAGUGAGCCUGGGAGCUCCUUGGAGCUGCUGCAGGCACUGGCCAACGUGAAGCGACAGCUCUGCUCCAUGUACCGCCAGCUCUUCCUGGGCUCCGCCGGCCACAGCCUGUCCCAGGGACUGCGGGACCGUGCCCAGAAGCUGAUGAGGGAGAAGCUGCUGGACUGGCGGGACUUUCUGCUGGUGAAAAGCAGGCGCAAUAUCACCAUGGUGUCAUACCUGGAAGACUUUCCUGGCUUGGUGCACUUCAUCUAUGUGGACCGCACAGCUGGGCAGAUGAUGGCACCAUCGCUCAGCGGGACAGAGAAGUCCAGCUCGGAGCUGGGCAAGGGCCCCCUGGCCGCCUUCAUCAAGAGGAAGGUCUGGUCCCUGAUUGCGUUGGCCCGGCGAUACCUGCAGAAGGUAACUCUCAUGCUGCAGGAUGGCGACUACUGCUGCUCCUACUUCCUCUGGUUUGAGAACGAGCUGGGCUACAAGCUGGAGGUGAUGGAGGUGCCGGUUCUCUCCGAUGAUUCUGCUCCUAUUGGGACGCUGGCAGGAGACUACUACAGGAAGCUGCUGCGUUACUACAGCAAGAACCACCAGGCAGAGGUGGUGAAGUGCUAUGAGCUGCUAACCGUGCACCUGGGCAUCAUCCCCUCCGAGCUUGUGGUCCAGCAAGCCUGCGACUUGGCCCAGCGCCUCUGGGAGCCCUCCCGCAUCCCCCUGCUCUGA